AUGGCGGCCCUGGCCAGUACUGGGUGUGAAAGUUGAAUUGUUCUACUGUGGCUGCUGCAUCUCUGCUGAUGGCGACUGCGGCUUUGUGCGGUUCCCGUCAGAGCCCAGAGGGGCUCCUUGAAGACUCCUCUCCGCAAGAAGAUGAGGACUGUGAUCCUGAUGAUGGAGCCAGCGACUGGGGUUCCUAUUCGUCCGCCAGUAGCGAUUACGAUGACCUUGAGCCUGAGUGGCUGGACAGUGUGCAGAAAAACGGAGAGCUGUUUUACUUGGAACUGAGCGAGGGCGAGGAAGAAAGCCUGCUUCCCGAGCCACCUGUGGUGAACCAUGUCCGGUUCAGCGAAAACGAGAUCAUUAUCAAAGAGGAUGAUGACAGGGAAGGGAAAAAGUAUGAGCCCAGACUCAAGCGGUUCACCAACAUUUUAAAAAGUAAACGACUUUUACCCAAGCGCCACAAUAAGAAGAACAGCAAGGACAGCGGCCCAGUCUCCAUUCUAAAGCACCAGUCCCACCAGAAAACAGGGGUCCUUGUCCAGCAGAGGUACAAGGACGUGAGCGUGUGUGUGAACCCCAAAAAGCUAACGGUCACCAAAGCCAAAGAGCAGCUCAAGCUCCUGGAAGUGCUGGUUGGGGUCAUCCAUCAGACCAAGUGGAGCUGGAGGCGAGGCGGAAAGCAGGCCGGCGGGGAGAGGCUGGUGGUGCACGGCCUGCUGCCGGGAGGGCCGGCCAUGAAGAGCGGCCAGGUGUUCAUCGGCGAUGUCCUUGUUGCCGUGAACGACGUGGAUGUGACUUCUGAGAACAUAGAGAGAGUGCUGUCCUGCAUUGCCGGACCUAUGCAGGUGAAACUGACGUUUGAAAACGCAUAUGCCGUGAAAAAGGAAGCAGCGCAGCCGACACAGAAGAAGGCGCAGCUGAACACUGAGGGGGACUUGGUCAAGCUUCUCUGGGGAGAGGAGGUCGGAGGCUCUGAGCAGAAGGUGCUCCACACGCCGCACGCCGUCCUGUAUCUCACCCUGGAGCUGGACUCCGAGACGUCGAAGGAGGAGCAGGAAAUCCUUUACCAUUAUCCAGCAUCCGAUGCGUCUCAGAAACUGAAGAGUGUGAGAGGGAUAUUUCUCACACUGUGCGACAUGCUGGAAAGUGUAACCGGGACACGAGUUACUAGCUCAUCCCUUCUUUUAAAUGGGAAACAAAUUAAUGUGGCUUAUUGGAAAGAAUCUGACAAGUUAUUGUUAAUUGGCCUGCCUGCUGAAGAAGUUCCUCUUCCUCAGCUACGGAAUAUGAUAGAAGAUGUUGCCCAAACCUUGAAAUUUAUGUAUGGUUCUCUAGAUAGUGCCUUCUGCCAGGCUGGGAACGCCUCUCGCGUGGAUCACUUCUUUGAACUGUUCUUUCAAAGAGCUCUGCUGCCUGCCGGGCCGCACGGCGGCGGGGCCGGCCCCGGGGCGCAGCAGUACGAGGCGGCCAGCGCGGUUCUUCUGGACGGGCUGCCCGGAGUACGGUGGCUCCCGCUCCCGCAGGAGAUCAAGGUGGAGUUAGACACAGCACUGAGUGACUUGGAGGCUGCAGAUUUUGCAGAACUGUCUGAGGAUUACCACGACAUGCGGCGGUUGUAUACAAUUCUAGGGUCUUCUCUGUUCUACAAGGGCUAUUUGACGUGCAGCCAUCUGCCCAAGGACGAUCUGAUUGACAUUGCUGUGUACUGUCGUCACUAUGGCCUGCUGCCUCUAGCAGCUAAGCAAAGAGUCGGUCAGCUGGUGAUAUGGAGAGAAGUGUUCCCUCGGUGUCACUGCCGGCCUUCUGCAGACUCGGACCCCGACGCCUUCCAGGAGCCUGAGGGGAGAUAUUUUUUGCUAAUUGUCGGCUGGCGGCAUUUUAUGUUGUGUGUGCUAUUAGAAGCUGGCGGCUGUGCAUCCACAGCUGUUGGGAAUCCUGGACCAGAUUGCGUAUACGUGGAUCAGGUCAAAACAGCUCUUCACCAGCUGCAAGGAGUGGACUGCCGCAUCAAUGAACAGCUGGAAUCUUCUCCAAGCCCCUGCUUGUCUUGUGCUGACUGGUUCCUUGCUGGGUCACAUGAAAAAUUAGAUUGUUUGACGACCUCACCUAUCCUCAGUAAGCUCCAAGGUACUUCCAAAGUAGCCACCUCUCCACCGUGCAGAAGAACUCUUUUCGGUGACUAUUCCUUAAAGACCCGGAAGCCCAGUCCUUCCCGAAGCAGUGGAGGGCCUGACGACGGUGGCGAAGGUGGGGAAGGCGGCGGCGGCCCGAGCCCCCACACCACACCAGACGCAGAGCGGAAGCAGAGAGAAGCUGACGGCUCGGAAGAAAGUGGGGCCUUGCUUAAGGUCAUUAAAAAGAAGUCUGCUCUUCUAAAUCCAUUUCAUGUGGGGAACUUGAAAAAGGACCUUUCAGAAAAAGAAUUGGAAAUCUAUAACGCAAUGAAAUUGACCUCAGGUCCAGAGAACACACUUUUCCACUACGUUGCCUUAGAAACAGUGCAAGGGAUCUUCAUUACUCCCACCCACGAAGACGUGGCCCGGCUGGGCGGCUCCGUCCACCCUGAGCUGAUCAAGAAUUUCCAUCGGUGUUGUCUCUCCAUUCGCGCAGUUUUCCAGCAGACCCUGAUGGAAGAGAAAAAGAAGGCAGCGAGUGUUGCAGAUCAUCCAGACUCUACAGAUUCGGCCUCUGCCCCCAACCCCGUGAAAGAGCACGGGGUGCUGUUCGAGUGCUCGCCCGAAAACUGGGCGGAUCCGAGGAAAGCACCCCCGGUCGUGGCGUACUGGGUGGUCGGGAGACUCUUUCUUCACCCCAAAGUUCAAGAACUUUACGUCUGUUUUCAUGACUCAGUCACAGAAAUUGCCAUUGAAAUGGCCUUUAAGUUGUUCUUCGGGUUGACCUUGUAACUGUGUCUUCUUGCUGCAUAGCAACACUGAGCGUGGAGCCCUGGGCAGUCUCAGGAUUGCGGAAAUCCACACACAGAAGUUAAGGGUUAGCUUCUUUUCACUGUUCAGUGUUGAACAUAAUAUUGCUGAAUAUCAAGAGCAUUUGCUGUUGGAUUUUAUGCACUAGAUCUUAUGUCAUACUGUGAGACUUUUUGAAAAAAGAUUCACGAUCAAAAUUUGAAAAAGGAAUUAACUUAUUUCCAUUUUGGUAUAUAACAUUAAUUUAUUGACUACUUUGAAAUAAUAUUAAGUGUUUUAUAUGAAAUUAAUAUAGCGAAUAUUUGUCUUGGAAAAGUACUCAAUUCAUUGUGUAUUUAUCUCAAGACUAACAUUGAAUCAUGAAAUCGAGGAGCAUGACCGGGUCCUAGAACUGCAUAGUGUCGUGACCGUGAGCAAGUCUUCGUACCUCUCUGAGCUCAGGGCAUUGAGGGAUCAUGUGUAUGAAGGCACUUUGUUUAAAAGUAUUUGUUAAAUGUUUUAAAUUCCUUGAUAUUUCCCCCCCAAACACCAUGACCUAAUUUAAUAUUGAGAAUUAUUAAUAAAUGCAGCUACUGAUCACCUGAGCUUUUCAAACAGACUGAAAGCUAUCAUAAAGGACUUUUUUUGUGUGUGCUUCAUUCAAUGAAAUUUUAGUCUGUUGAACAGCUUUUCUGGUGUCAAAGAAUCAUAUUGACCACCGCUAAAUAAUUGAAAUAAAAAGACAAAGUAAACUACUGAUGUUAAUUAGGGGAAAUCAUUUGCUGUACUAUACAGAUUAUACUGUAAUGUCCAUGUUGUAGAGACUGCAGUUUUUUUUUAAAUGAAACCAAACAUCAUCUUGGUUUUAAGUAAACAUUGCAAGUAAACUUGGCAGUCUAUUUCCCAAAUACGUUCAUAGCCACGUCUGAAAGUAGAUCAGUCUGGUUACUGUGUAAUAAAUGUCUGUCUACCACCACCUCAUUCAGUACAGUGGACAAAGUGAUGGUGCAUGUACCACAGAGGUGUGUACUUUUAGCAGGUACAGAAACAUUCUGAAGUCGGAUUUCGUUAGCAUCCUGCAAAUGGUCCCUUUCACCAAGACUAUUAAUGCAAAAGAUUAUAUAACAACCACUUUUAAAAAAUAUCAAGUGCUGUCUUAUCACCAUGAUAUGUAAUAUGUUGUAUUUUCCAUGUGAACAACUGUAAUAUUUUACAUAAUAUGUAAUUGUAAUUACAACUGUUCAUAUGGAAAGUAAUACAAUAAUCAACAAAUAAUAAUAUAAGAAUAAUCUGUGUUUUGUUACUCAGAACUGUAAACCUCCUUUUGCCCCACACUGUAUUUUUAGUCCCCCAAAAUUCCCUUUUAGAGUAUCCUCCUUUUCCUCCCUCCUCCUCCUUUAACUGUUGUUGGUUUAUUUUUAGGGUUAGACAACUGUACUUUAGCAAGGGAGAGUUUUUUAUUUGUGCCAAGGGACUGUUAAUGAUGAUGCAUGCAGGCAAGAUAGUACAUUUCCAGUGCCUGCCUUUUUAUAUUUCUAAUACAAAUGGGAAAUGCCUAUGAAACCAAUUUAGCACGUUUGUCUGCUCUGAACAUUCUUGAAAGUAUUGUGAAUACUUGUUUGUUGUGUGUGUGGAUUCCCUCUAAAUAGUGCCUAGCACAUGUUAUGUGCUAUAAAAGUGUUAGCUGCUGCUGCUAGUAUGACCAAAUACCCAUUGGUUGAAAACCAGGGAGUCAGCUGAAUCAUCCCUGCUACUGUAUGAGAUAUUGGAAAGAAGCUGAGGAAACGUAUUCAGCACUAAACACUUUGAAGAACAAGGAUUUAUACUUUGGUUAUUUUGAAAAAUACUGUUAAAUGUUAUUAAAACUUUAGUCUAUACACUAAAC